AUGCAGUGCGCCCGUAGUGGAUCAAGCACGCCCUUGGGGAGAGAUCCGGAUGCGAGAUGGGUGCAGUGGCUCGCUCUCACCAGACGCAACAACCAUGCACCAUUGUCCGGCGCAAUGUCACCGUCUUCCUCGACCUCGCUACCCAUGGCUUGCUCCAAUCUCAACUACAGCAGCCGUGUUCGCUCGCGUAGCAGCGCGACCAGCUAUUUUGCUCUGCUGUCCGCGGCCGAGGACGGACACCAGCACCAGCGGGAGGAUGGUCCCAAGCAGCACUACAAUGGCAGUGGCACACCCACCCGCCGGCACAUGGACUCCUCCUGGGUAGCAUGGCUCAAUGAACGCGGCCACCAGCGACGCCAGGGUGGACUUGUCGGGGACUCCACCCAGAGCGCAAACAGCACAGGAAAGUACAGUUCCGACCAGUCGCGUUCCCCCUCGGAAACACCAGUGCAAUUGCAACCGCAAACCUGCCUCCCAGACAGCACUGUCGUGCCCAGCUCCUUUCUCAACACAUCCGCGUUCACAACUAAUACUGUCCCCUCAAUGAUCUCCAGCGCGGCAACGGAGUUUCCCUCACCGCUGGAGCCGCUCCCAGAUGCAGAGAUAGACGUCCUGAGCCAGCAAUUCCCGGACUUUGCAGACCGUUUCCCCGCGGGGUUUCCCGAUGCAACGGUCGCAAUGGGCCCGUUUGAUCCGGCCGAGCUAGAUGCCGGCCUUCUGACCUGGUUAGACGAACAGCAUGCGUUCGCGUUCAAUUUGGGCGAGGAUGGGCCCGUUAGUCCGAGCAAGCGGGGUCUGACUUUGGAGGCGUAUCCGCGCGAAAUGUCCGCGGAAGGAAUGAGACGGGAAGGGGGCAUCAAGAAACAGAAGUUAUAUCAUGAGGCAUAUACCGAGCCGGGGAAAAGUGCUUGA